CCACGAGUCUCGCAUCUCAGCCACUUUCGCUCCUCGAUACUGUGUGUGCGUGUGCAUACCUGACCGAGCAAAUUACCGACUACAAACAAACAUGCCGGAGAAAUAUAAGUUGACGUAUUUCAAUGCGACCGGCAUCGCGGAGCCGAUCAGAUACAUGUUCCAUUAUGCUGGCUGUACCAAAUUCGAAGAUGUCCACCUUAACUUCAACGAAUGGCCGAAAUUCAAACCUGAAAUGCCCUUGCGGCAGUUACCGGUCUUGGAGAUCGACGGCAAAAUGUACAAUCAGUCCAGAGCCAUCGCCCGCUACCUCGCCAAGAAGUGCAACCUCUACAGUGAUGACGCGAUUGAAGCUCUCGAGAUCGACGGCACGGUCGACUCCUUAGAGGAUUUGAGACAAGCUCUGGGCACCUUCUAUUGGGAAAAGGAGCCUAUCAUGAAGCAGAAUCUCAAGAAAAUUGCGUUCGAAAAACUGCCCUAUUUUUUGGAUAAGUUCGAGGAGCAGGUUAAGAGAAACGACGGCCACUUCGUCCGCGGCAAGCUGACAUGGGCGGAUAUCAUGUACGCAGCGUACACUCAAAUGUUUACUGAGUUCUGUGGUAACGACGUAAACAAGAAUCAUCCGGAAUUGCAGAAAUUGGUCGACAAAGUUCACGCCAUUCCCAACAUUAAAGCUUAUCUUGAGAAACGUUCCAAGGAGAUGAUGUUCAUUGCUUAUCCUGCGCGAUACAUCCCGCAGGAGUCUCCGAAUUUUUUCAUCGUCCUUCUCCUGGCAGGUGGUUCGCAAGGAAAAAGAAAAAACAUGUCAACCUAUAAGCUCAUAUAUUUCAAUGUGACCGGCCUCGCAGAGUCGAUCAGGUAUAUGUUUCACUAUGGCGGCAUCGAAUUCGAAGAUGAUCGAAUCGACAUUGCAGAUUGGCCGAGACAGAAAGCAGCUCUGGCCAACUUCCGCUGGAAGAAGGACCCCGUCGUCAAAGAGAAGUUCAAUGAGAUCGCAUUUGAAAAGCUGCCGUUCUGUCUCCGAAAAUUCGAGGAGCAAGUCAAGGAGAACGGCGGCUACUUCGUCCGCGGCAAGUUAUCGUGGGUGGAUUUCACAUACGAAGCCUACACCGAGUAUUUAAACGCGUUCUUGACGAUGGAUCUGAACAAGGAUCAUCCUGAAUUGAAGAAACUGGUGGACAAAGUUCACGCCCUCCCGAAUGUUAAAGCCUACCUCGAGAAGCGUCCCAAAGCGCUGUAUUAAGUCAAACCAUUAUUUUUAGUACUUAUCUCCUUUGUUUGCGUUACUCGUUAUCAUCGAUACCGUCCCUUCUGAAGCUCCCCUGCCGUUCUGUAAAAGAAGAUAAUACGUGCUGCCGUGUGAAUUCGGAGUAAGCUUUGUCAGCUCGCGGUACAAUGAGGAAUAAUUAAUUUUCGUCGCGCAACAAUUAAUAUUGUUAUAUCACAAAUAUAGAGAAUAUCGAUAUUUCGUCGAGCAAACUUGCAUCAAAUCAUCCUCGGGAAAGUCCUCGCUCCAUCAUUCCUGCCUU